AUGGCAGUAUACAAGGGAUACUACAGGGUACAACUCAUUAUGCUCGCAGGAGAUUGGAUGUGGCCAUUGGAUUGGGAUUAUCUUCCAGGUGUGAUGGAUAGUGGGAUGACAAAUGAGUACGUCGUGCAUUGUACCGUACAUAGGUUUCCAAGGCUUGCAUGUCUGGAUGAGCUAGAGCUAGUUUUUGAUGAGGAUGAUGAGAGGCUACAAUGUAGAGCUCCUAGACAACAAAGGGAUGGUGGGGGAGGAGGAGGUGAAGGUGGAUAUGAUAGCGGAGAUGGAGAUAGAUAUGGAGGAGAUGCAGGAGAUCAUGGUUCUGGAGAUGACGAUGGAGGAGAUGAUGAUGGGAGGGAUGGGGAAGAUGAUGAUGGGGGCGAUGGUUGA